AUGCCAUUGAUGGACAGGGAUAUGGAAGACUGUGACAUUGAUGAUCAACUAAAUCAGCGUCAGCUGUUUGAAGACAGUUACUACAGCACUCUGUCACAUGCAGAAUCUCUCUGUGUCGAUGGAGAGGCCGCGGAUAGCUUCAAGCUGGCAAAUACGCAGUUUUUAGGGUCACAAAAAAUUGAUGUUUUGAUAGGAGCGGAUCAUUUUUGGGACUUGCUUAUCGAUGGCAAGAUGCGUCUACCGAGCGGUCCGUUUUUACAAAACACUAAGCUAGGUUGGAUAAUUUCGGGUCCAAUAGAUUCUAGCAUUGUGCGCAGGGGACAUGUCCAAUGUAACGUUAGUACUGAGCUCAGUCCAUCCACUAUAGACGAUCAAUUACGUAAGUUCUGGGAACUCGAAGAGUUAACUUUGCCUCGAAAUUCGCAUACGGAGGACGAGCUGGCCUGUGAACAAAGUUUCGUUACAAAUACUACACGCGAAAAUCAUGGUAGAUUUGUGGUUCACAUUCCACUCAAAAACUCAGCCGAGGUUUUAGGUGAAUCUUAUUCCCAAGCUAAACGCCGUUUCUUAGCAUUAGAGAAGCGGCUAUCUCGCGCACCUUCUAGUUACAAACAACUAUACGUUGAUUUUAUGCGAGAAUAUGUUGACCUAGGUCACAUGACCAAGGUCGAUACCUACUCGAACCUUAAUUAUUUUUUGCCACAUCACGGAGUAUUUCGCGAGCACAGUACAACGACUAAACUUCGUGUUGUGUUUGAUGCUAGCGCUGCUACUUGCAACGGAAUUUCUUUUAACGACAUUCAGCGCGUCGGGCCGCCUAUUCAGGGAGAUCUGUUAGGUAUUUUAUUAAGAUUUAGACAGUUUAGGUUUACGGCAAAGGCCGAUUGUGCUAAAAUGUACCGGCAAGUGCUAGUGGCGCCCUCUCAGCGGGAUUUGCAGCUAAUCAUAUGGCGCGAGGAUACAUCGAAGCCACUAGAUGUUUAUUGCUUAAAUACGGUCACGUAUGGUACGGCAUCCGCACCUUUUCUCAGUGUGCGCUGUCUAAAGCAACUAGCUACCGAAUGUUCUGACCCUGAGGUCAGAAGGGUCAUAAAUAAUGACAUGUACGUGGAUGACCUUCUAACUUCCGGUGAGGUUAAGGUCGAUCUUUUAAAAAUUUGUAAAGACACUGCUGAUACAUUAAGUUCCGGCUGCUUUCCAUUAAGAAAAUGGGUUUUCAACUUUGAACUCGAUGAAGAUGCAGGUCUUGCGUCUCUAAAUAAUAAUAACGACAAUACGCAAAACACGUUUCGUGACUUUAACUUUACUGAUAACAUUCAAAGGAAAACAUUAGGCUUGGGUUGGUGUAACAUGCCUCACAAACUGCAUAUGGCGCCUGCGCAUACGUACGUUCUAUACGUGGAGAUAACGUACAAGUGA